AUGAGUAAGGUGCACGGAUCGUUGGCGCGUGCCGGUAAGGUGCGCGGGCAGACGCCCAAGGUGGAGAAGCAGGACAAGAAGAAGCAGCCCAAGGGCCGCGCGCACAAGCGCAUGCAGUACAACCGCCGCUUCGUCACCGCCGGCAAGCACGCAAGGGCAUGCAGUACAACCGCCGCUUCGUCACCGCCGUGGUGGGAUUCGGCAAGAAGCGCGGCCCUAACUCGUCUGAGAAGUAAAUGCUGCGAUGCUGUGUGCUUCCGCACCCUAGCACCAUGGCAUAGCACAUCCAAACAGCAGUCCAUGCACAUACCCGUCAUUUCACCAUCUUGA